GAAUCUUCCCCUGAAGGUAGAAAUAGAAUGACCGAUGUACAUAUCCCCAGAAAUCGAAGUGGGGGUGUUUUCAUCGAUGCCAAAGAUGUAGAGUUGCACGCAAACGAUUUUAACUGGACAGAGAAAAUUAAUCAAUUAUCUGAAAAGGAACGCAGUUAUGUUGACGCGUACAUUUCUAACUGUGAAAAGACUCUCGAUAUGCUGGAUGAGGUUAAUCAACCUGCAGCUGUAACUGAUGCCUCACCAUGGGAGCAGCACUAUUCAACUAAUAGACACCAUUUUCCACUAAAAAACUAUAUCAUUCAUGCGUUCCCUAUAUUGAAGAACUAUCUUAAUUCCAGUGCGCCGCAAUGCCGUAUUUUGGAAUGUGGAUGUGGCACAGGGAGUACUCUUCUUCCAUUAAUGCGGUACUGCACUAAUGAAAACGCUUCAUUUGUUGGUUUUGAUGUUUCCUCGACUGCAUUGAAUUUUUUUAUGAAACAUCCUGUUGCGGUGGAAUACUUGAAAUGUAAUCGUUUACGGCUUUUCCAGUUUAACUUCCUGUGUGGUUGUCCAAAAUUAUCUAUUGACUCCAGCGAAGAUCUUGAAAAUGAGAAGAAACGGCUGCGAUGUGAUCCUUUGAAUACAACACUAAUUGGUGUAAUGGAUGCUGCCUUUCCCUCAUUAAGUGAAAAAAAAUUCGACGUGGUUUUGCUUGUUUUUGUCUUGAGCGCUUUGCCAACACUCGCUGAUAUGGUGAACACAUUGAAGCAGAUACGUCAAGUUAUCAAACCGGAUGGCUUCCUGUUAUUCAGAGAUUAUGCUCUCCCGGAUAAUAAUUUUUUCCGUUUCAUAAAAAAAAACGAUGGUGAGCUAAAGGGGUUAUUUUUCGAGAAAGGAGAUCACACAACACAGUUCUUCUUUGAAGAAAAGUUCACGAAAAGAUUGCUGAAGAUAUCUGGUUUCAAUGAACAUCCAGAUGAAAGGUUAAGACUCCAGUACCACUGCAAUCGUAUCGUUAACAGGAAGAACGCAAAGUGCAUGGAUAAAAUUUUUUUGAACGGAAUCUUCUGUCCAUGCUCGUAGCUUUCAACUAUCUUCUUUUCGCUACGACCCAAACUAA